GCGGGCCACGGCAGCGGGAGCGCAGCCGCACGCCCUUCGAGCGCGACGCGCAGCUGGGCGCCAAGGCGGCGGGCCCGCCGGCGGGCGCCCGCGGGCGCCGCUUCAUGUACGGCCUGGCCGUGCUGGCCGUCACCUCCGUCCUGCUGCUGUUCCGCGGCGUCGCCUCGUACGAGGCCGGCGGGGAGCUGCUGCACGUGGAGCCCGAGGGGAAGGGCGCGCUGGAGGUGGCCGCCGAGGCCGUCUCCGAGGUGGCCUCCGAAGGUGCGCAGGCCGUGUCCGAGGGCGUACGCGCGGUGUCGGGCAUGAACCUUGCGCAGGCCCCGGCAGAAGAUGUGGCCCGCACCGCCGACGGCGCCUCCGAUGCCUCCGAUGCCGUCAGGGACCACGUCCAGGCCCUGGAGCACGAGAUCGCUGGGCUCAAAGACCUGGUGAACCGGCACGACAAGAUGCUGCGGUACGUGAUGGACCGCUACGUGGAGAAGGCCGUGGGCACGCAGACGGCCAGCGUGGCCGCCGAAGCACAGGGCGUGAAGCUCGAGGAGCACAAGUCGUCCGAGGUCAACCUCGACGCGCCCGAGUUCGUCUCCAAGAGCGACCCAGGGCGUGCAGGUGACCUACCCCGAAGGCGCAAGGGCAGCGGCAGCGAGAUCUCCAUGGGGGGCGUCGGCGGCGGUGAGGAGGCGGCCCAGCUCGGUUCACCGUUGCUGAACCCCGCGUUGGACAAGUCCUGGUGAAGCGCGCAGCCGCCCCGCGCCGGAGCGCGCGCCGCGCCUCGCCCGCGUGGGCCGGCUGGGGCCGUCGGCGGCCGCGCGG